GGCCGGAAGUGUCGUAAGGAAACCACGUAGUACUCUCUGCGCAUGUGCAAAGCGCUGUCGGGGCCGCCCUAGCUGCCGUCGUCGCUGCUGGGACUCUAUGGUCUCUCCCUAGAGCUUUGCCGUUGGAGGCAGCUGCUGCGGUCCUGCGAGUUUGACCGGCAUCGAGCGGCAGCACCAUGGAGGAAUUCGACUCCGAAGACUUCUCCACGUCGGAGGAGGACGAGGACUACGUGCCGUCGGGUGGAGAGUAUAGUGAAGAUGAUGUAAAUGAAUUAGUGAAGGAAGAUGAAGUGGAUGGUGAAGAGCAGACACAGAAAACCCAAGGGAAAAAAAGAAAGGCCCAGAGCAUUCCAGCCAGGAAGAGAAAACAAGGUGGCCUCUCAUUAGAAGAAGAGGAAGAGGAGGAUGCCAAUUCAGAAUCUGAGGGAAGCAGUAGUGAGGAGGAAGAUGAAGCUGCAGAGCAGGAAAAAGGCAUUGGAUCAGAGGAUGCAAGGAAAAAGAAGGAGGAUGAACUCUGGGCCAGCUUCCUCAAUGAUGUGGGACCAAAAUCAAAAGCGCCCCCAACUACACAAGUUAAGAAAGGAGAGGAGACUGAAGAGACAAGUUCAAGUAAAUUGUUGGUAAAAGCAGAAGAGCUAGAGAAACCUAAAGAAACAGAAAAAGUUAAAAUCACCAAGGUGUUUGAUUUUGCUGGUGAAGAAGUACGGGUGACUAAGGAAGUGGAUGCUACAUCUAAAGAGGCCAAAUCCUUCUUCAAGCAGAAUGAGAAAGAAAAACCACCGGCUAAUGUCCCUUCAGCUCUGCCGUCACUCCCUGCUGGGUCAGGGUACAUUGAACGGAAAGCCUUCCUCGACCGAGUGGAUCACAGGCAGUUUGAAAUUGAGCGAGAUCUCAGGCUGAGCAAAAUGAAACCUUGAUGUUACGGGCAAAAUCAAGAGCAGCUUAAUCCUGUUUACAAUGUGAGCUUUUUGUGCGUCUGUGAAAUGUUUUCCAGUGUUUCUCAUCAUCUGUUUCCCAGCAAGGUCUUUUUUUUUUCUACAUUGAAGUUCUGUCUAUGUAUCUUAAUCACAAAUGGUUUCAUUCACUUUACUUUUAAAAAUUUGUCCUUAAAUGAAUAAAUAAAAUAAAAGUUGGUCCUGUGAGAGGAUGAUGAAGAUGACGACCUCACUCACCUUCCUUUUAUUCUGCUGCAAAGUCCCACCCAGUUCAAGACAGCACAUCCCAGGUCUGUCCAGGUUGGCAGAGGUCUUGCCAGGCAUGGUGAAGAGAGCUGACCAACCUGGGUGUGAAUUUUCUGGGACCAAGAGGCUCUUUCUGCAGCCAGCCUUGUCCCGAAGACCUAGAGGAGGUGGCUCACUAGAGUAACUGGAAUGCGAGGCCCCUUUGCAGCUUGUUCUCAUUUCCACUCGGGCUUCUCUCCUGAUCUCUCUCCUGAAUGGAUUCCUACUGAUGCCAUGUAAGGCUGAAAAGAAGGAUACAGUAUUGCUGAAUUAGCUAUUUUUCCCUUCAGCCUUUUUCCUCUUCCCAAAGAAAAGUUAAAUUCAGAUAUGCUCCCACUUCAAUAGUUCAUUAAUUUUUAGUUUGUCAGAGAAUAUUCUGAAGGAUUUUCUUUUUUAUACUCAUAAGAAAAUGUAAAUU